CGGACGCAGCCAGCGGAGCCGCCGCUCCAUCGGCCCUCGCCGGGGCUCUGCCUCAGUUUCCCCCGCGGGGCGGCCGCCCCCUUUCCCGGCCCCCUCCGGGCCAUGGAGCUGAUCGAGCUGCGGGAGCUGCAGCCGGAGCCGCGGCCGGGCCGGGGCCGCCUGGAGCGAACCAACGCGCUGCGCAUCAGCCCGGCCCGUCGGCACGGCCCCGGAGCGCGGCCCGAACACAGACCGGCGGCACCGAGCACCGGGCAUCGCUUCGAGCCCCGGCGCCGCGGGCUCCACACCUGGUGCGACCUCUGCGGGGAUUUCGUCUGGGGAGGCGGCAGGAAGAGCCUCCAGUGCCGCCACUGCAGCUUCACCUGCCACUACCGCUGCCGGGCCCUGGUGCGGCUGGACUGCAGCGGCCCCCCAGGCACCGGGGACGAGGACGAUGGCAGCGAGCAGGAGCUGGAGAAGGACACGAAUGUGGAUGAGCCCAGCAGCUGGGAGACGGCGGAGCUGGACCCGGCGCAGGUGGAGCAGCGCAUCAAGGAGUACAACAGCCAGAUCAACAGCAACCUCUUCAUGAGCCUGAACAAGGACGGCUCCUACACCGGCUUCAUCAAGGUGCAGCUCAAGCUGGCUCGCCCCGUCUCGGUGCCGGCCGCCAAGCGGGGUCCGGGGGGGCGGCCGGGGCAGCGCCCGGCGGGUGUGAAGCGGCGCACGUCGUUCUACCUGCCCCGGGGCACCGUCAAACACCUGCACGUGCUGUCACACACCCGCGCCAGCGACGUGAUCAGCGCGCUGCUCCGCAAGUUCACCGUGGUGGACGAUCCCCGCAAGUUCGCGCUGUUCGAGCGCUCCGAGAAGGAUGAACAAGUGUACCUGCGCAAACUGGCGGACGACGAGCGGCCGCUGCGGCUGCGGCUGCUGGCCGGCCCCGACACCAACGUGCUCAGCUUUGUGCUGAAGGAGAAUGAGACUGGGGAAGUGAACUGGGACGCGUUCUCGCUGCCGGAGCUGCACAACUUCCUGCUCAUCCUGCAGCGGGAGGAGGCCGAGCACAUGCGCCGUGUCCGCCAUCGCUACGCCCGGUGCCGCCGGGAGCUGCAGGCCGCGCUGGCCGCCCGCACAACGGGCUGA